GUCCAGUCGAAUUUUUGCUGGAACAUAAGCAGUAGACGUGUAGUAGUUUACAAUUUCGUUGAUGUUGUUGUUUUUGUUGAGUGCUGCUGUGAGAUGUGUCUACCAUUUGUCCUAAUUUUCUCUUUCCAUUUCGCUCAAAGCUCUGAAGUCCUAAACCUGGCAUGGCCUGAACCUUGUGGUACUGGUCUGCAGAGGUCGAGGGGAAUGCGAGUAGUUGGGGGUAAACCUGCAGUUCAAGGACAGUUUCCAUGGGUUGUUAGCCUAAGAAGAAGAAAGAACGUAAAAUCUAGCGAUUACUCGCAUAUAUGUGCUGGAACUCUUAUAACAAAUAGACAUGUAGUCACAGCAGCUCAUUGUGUACAUGACACAUCAGUACAUAUCUGGCAGGUUGUGGCCGGUGAACUGAGACCGGAUAAAAGAGAUCUGGGAGAACAGAUUAGAAAGGUUGAGCGAAUUUUGAAUCACCCUGACUACAAGACUCCAUCUCCAUUAAGCCAUGACAUUGCGCUUAUAUCCUUAACAGAAGGAGUUAAUUGGUCAUCAGAGGUGUCUCCUAUAUGUCUACCCCUGGAGAGCUUUAGUUUAGAUGAGAAAGAUGCUACACUAGUUGGUUGGGGGCAUGAGCAUAUCGGGAUGAACUCAGUUCCGACAGUCUUCUCUGAGAUAUUAAUGUACACCAGUAUACCUUUACUUUCAAAUAAUGUUUGCCAGACAUGGUUUGAUGAAAAAAAUUAUGAAAUAAUUCAGAUCCAGGAUGGUCACCUCUGUGCCGGGGUCAAGGAGGGUGGUCAUGAUGGAUGUAAGGGAGAUUCAGGGGGUCCUCUGAGUAUAGGACUAGAGAGUUCAGGAACAUUGGUUGGAGUGGUUUCUGUCGGAGUAGGUUGUGGGUUACCUAAACUACCUGGAGUGUAUACUAGGGUUUCCUCAUAUACUCAUUGGAUUCAGAAUUUUACCAUUGAAGACAGUACAGACAGUACAGGACAAUCAGAAGCAGACAAAAAGUUAUGAUGUUUUUUUUAAGAAAAAUAUUUAAUUAUUUAUGAAAAUAUAUUUAUUGAUAAAAAAAA